AUGUCUUCAGAGCAGCCUGCAACUGCGCCAAUGGUGGACGAUAAGGCGCUUCCAUACCACUCGCAGAUCCACAUCGAGACUGCGAGGCCAAACGAGACAACGUUCUCUACGAGAGAGUACAUGUACAAAAGAUUCUUGCCUGCAAUUCUCACCAUAUUUGCCCUCCUAACGAUCUUUCGCUCUACAUUUGUCUCAAACCACCAUUAUACUCCAGGAUGCGGACAGACACUGCAUUCCGAAAUCAUUAAAGAGAUGGAGAGACCCAAGGUUGAGCUUGAAUCUCAUGGAAUGAGCAGAUGUCCAGACUUCAAAGACUGUCUGCGCGAACUCAUCUUGCCAACGAUGGAAAAGGUCAACGAUCGAGUCAAUUUCACACUUAGCUAUAUUGGACGUAUCGAUCACAAGUCUGACGCGGUUACUUGUAUGCAUGGACCCGCCGAGUGCUUGGGAAAUAUCAUUGAACUGUGCGCCGCGAAGAUUUAUCCCGACCCCAAGAUAUAUCUCGGCUUCACCAACUGCUUGACGUCCGACUAUCACAACAUUCCUCAGCGAGAUUUCGUUGAAGGCUGUGCAAUGGAACACGGGAUCGAUUUCCAAAAACUGAACUCUUGCAUCAGUGAUGAGGGCGAAGGAAUUGAUUUGCUUCGAGCAAGUGUGUUAAGAAGCCAGCAGAACAACGUCACCAAGAGCUGCACCAUCAGGCUAGCUGGUAAGGUUCGAUGUAUUCGAGAUGGUGGCAAGUGGUAUGAUUGUCCUGGCGGUAGUUCGGUCGACGCGCUUGUGAAGGAGAUCAACGCCCUGUACGAGGCACAGGAGGCAUAA